AUGUGGAAAGCUUGCUGUACAGACAAGGAAAUUUUGCAGGAGGUGCACAAGCAUAUUGACACUAACCAGUAUGGCAUCAGGCUAACAAAGCUGAGAGCAAUCUGCAUGAGACUUGGCUUGUAUGGCACAUGUCAGCAAGACCACUUGCCAGAAUCUAUCCAGGAGGCUAUGAUGAUCAGCCUACUUUUUCACAAAAAGCAGAUGAGUGUUAUUCAUGAUUGCUUUCUUACAUAUGAACCUGAACUCAUUCAGCAGUGCAAGACUUGCUGCCUGAGACAUUGUUAUUUCUGGGCUGCUGGUGUUAAUGAUAUUUGGGCUGUGGACCAACACAACAAGUGGCUUCACUUUGGACUUGUGCUACAUACUGCUGUUGAACCAUUUUCUGGGAAAAUAUUAUGGAUCUGUGUCUGGCACUCAAACCAUAACCCACAGCUGAUCUUAACAUAUUUCCUAGAUGAUGUCAAAGAACCCAGCCAUAAUGAUCCUGGCACUGAAAAUUUUGGCAUUGCAAAUGCUCAGUCCAUGCUUCAACAGUGGCAUGAUGCAAAGCUCAUCAGCACACUUCAACACAGAUGGAUGCUACACAAGAAAAAUAUUACACCUGAAAUCAUGUGGUUGCAGCUUCAGCAUCAGUUUACCCCCAGAUUUGAGGUUAUUUUAGAACAGGGUCUCAUCUUUCAUUGGCUAUUCAUCCCAUGGCUUCAAGAAGAAUUGCUGGCCUGCAAGGACCAUGUAAAUAAUACAGCAAAACAUCACAACCAUAACAAGGUUAUGCUGCAUGGCAUUCCAAAUCUUAUUUACAAGUCUGCAGGUGACUAUGGUGCAAUAGAUUUCAAGGUGAGUGUCAAACUUCAUCUUCUUCAUAUUUGA